ACUUGCUCGUAGGGCACGGGUGUCAAACACAAGGCCCCCGGGCCGAAUCCGGCCCACCAGACCUCGUCAUGUGGCCCGUGUAGCCGCCGCCAGCCUUCACAUACAUAUUUAACUUAUGGAAAACUUCUGGCUGGUAGGAAGUGACUGAGUGAGAACAAGACACUGACCUCCUGCUCCCUCAUCACUUCCUCCCAGCUUCCCUAUGUAUCUGCAAGCGCGGGAAAGGGCUAGCAGCAGAGACCAGAGAGGCAGCAGCAGGCACACAGCGAGGCUGUCAUCACUUUCAUUAGAAUCAUAAUGGGCUGCCAGGAAGUCCACGCAGUGACUUUACUUGCCUUCGUAUGCGGCACUGCAUCUAUAGCGGGACUCUUUACUGCCACCCUGCUCCCCCAGUGGAGGCAAAUGAAACUUUACACUUUCAACAGAAAUGAGAAAAACCUGACUGUCUCUAUCGGUCUCUGGGUGAAGUGCACACGUUCAGAGUGGAGCAGAGAUUGCUUGUUUUACGAUACAGAGUGGUAUGCAAGAGUGGACCAACUGGAUAUUAGAGUUCUCCAAUUUGCUCUUCCUUUCAGCAUUAUGACUGCUGCUUCUGCGCUCAUACUUUGUCUAACUGGAAUAUGUAAUACCACAUUCAGUUCAAAUGUACCAAACCUCAAGCUUGUCAAGUGUCUUGUCAACAGUGCAGGCUGCCACCUUGUGGCUGGCUUGUUAUUUAUACUAGCAGGUAUCAUGAGUGUUGUUCCAUCCAUCUGGGCCAUAUUCUAUAACAGCGUGCUGAAUAGCAAGUAUGGGCCCUUCUUUACGUAUGACAUUGCAGUGUUUGUAUCUAUUGGCAGUUCUGGGGGCUUGUUUUUUACUGCACUUUUACUGUUUUUAUGGUACUGUGCCUGCAAAUCUCUGCCAUCGCCAUUCUGGCAGCCACUUUAUUCACAUGUGCCUAGUAUGCACAGUUAUGUACCUCCGUCAUACCCCUCACGGUCCCGAAUGUCUGCCAUAGAAAUAGACAUUCCUGUGGUUACGCACACUGCAUAGCGACCGUUUUAGUGUGUGUGUUUUUGUGUGUACAGACUUUCAUGGUUCCAUCUAAAUAUUUGUAAAACUGUAAUUUUUUUUUUUCUGUUUUAUUUUGUUCUUAUUAUGGGAGUAUUUUUACAUUCAAUUCCUUUAUAUUUUCCUUUGGAUAUUUUGCUUAUUUGGAUGUCUGUAUAUUGUUUAAAUAGUAGGUGUCAGUAAAAAAAACAAACUGCUGUAAACGUUACCUUUUUAAAAAAAAUACAAAUACAUUACUAAUAGUUAUACACUGUUAUACAAAUAGCUGUGAGAGAGAGAACUUCUAUAUGAGUGCCUGGAACUGAUUGGCAUUAUAAAGCAUUUUCUUCUUUAUAAAGGUGUUCCCUGUUUAUGUAAAACGGACUGUCUAGUGAUUAAUAAAACCCUCCUCUACUUCAAAUCAUUGGUGCCAUGGAACCUCAAAAAACUGCUUCUGAUGCCAAAAUGUCUGCACUGUACUAAUCGCCUAUUAUCGGCUAUACUGCAGUGUUGUUUUAAGCAGCAUGAUAUGAAACCUGCCAUACAAUUCAAAAUUAGAUACAAGCGGCCACAGGGGUCUGAAUCAGAGAGCUAUGAAAUCCACUGCAAUAUAUCUAAGGUAGAUUAUUGCUUAGUGGGCAUAUUUGUCAGUCAAGAGGUUAAAUGCAUAAUUAAAGUACCACUCAGGAGAAGCAGAAAGUGCAGCUGACUUGCAUGAAUAGCGCUGUUGAUUGGGCCAUCAGCAGUUUCUGCUCUGAACCAGCAAAUCCCCCUUUGCAGGGAUAAAAUGACAUGCUUAAACAAAUGAGAGCAUAAUCUUUCCCCUACAAUGCCAUUUAAUAACAAAGCCAUACAUUAAAAAAACAAAGGUUUCAUAUAAUAAGUUAUUUAUCUACAGUAUAUUUUUCACUAAAUAUCCCUUCUAAUUAAAGGGACUGAAACACAAUUUUUUUCUUCUAUGAUUCAGAUAGAUCAUACAAUUUUCCCCAUUUAGCGGAGCAUGUGCUUAGCCAGAGAUUAACCACACUUUCUACAAAUCAUAAUAUUGCCAUAAGGCAAAUCCGUAAAAACAUUCAAAUGUUAUAUUGCUUUGUGGCACUCCUGCUUUAUCACUGAUCUCUAACUUGCAUAUUAAACCAAGAGGUAUAAUUAUUAAAAAAAAAAAAAAAAAGAUAAGCACAGUUUAAUUUUUAAUAAUUCCCUUCUGUUUUGUGGUAUUAUGCAAACUUGCGCUUCAGGCGCUUUCCCUGAUGAUUGGCUGUAAGUGGCACAGAAGUGUGCAAAUGUAACCGUGCUUAAAGGGACAGUCUAGUAUUAAUUAAACUUUCAUUAUUCAGAUAGGACUUUUAAUUUUAAUCAACUUUCCAAUUUACUUUUAUCAUCAAAUUUGCUUUUUUCUCUUGGUAUUCUUAGUUUAAACUAAACAUAGGUAGGCUCAUAUGCUAAGUUCUAAGCCUUUGAGGGCUGCCUCUUAUCACAGGCUUUUUAAAUCUCUUUUCAACACAAAGAGACAGAAAGUACACGUGGGCCAUAUAGAUAACACUGUGUUCAAGCACAGGGGGUUAUUUAAGAUUUAGCACAAAACAAUGCUAACUUUAAGACAAUAGAUAAUAAACAGUCACAGUCAUGUGAUCAGGGGGCUGGAAGAAGGUUCCUAGAUACAAGGUAAUCACAGAGGUAAAAAGUAUAUUAAUAUAACUGUGUUUAUGCAAAACUGGGGAAUGGGUAAUAAAGGGAUUAUCUAUCUUUUAAAACAAUAACAAUUUUAAGGUAGACUGUCCCUUUAAAGGGACAUAAUACUUAUAUGCUUAAUCACUUGAAACUGAUGCAGUAUAACUGUAAAAAGCUGACAGGAAAAUAAAAAAGUUCUGUGUAAAAAGUUAUACUUCAGCUGCUCCCAACUGCAGGUAAAAAAAAUAAAUAAAAAAAUGAAGGAAUGAACAGCAGCCAAUCAGCAGUGCUGAGGUCAUGAACUCUCUUACUGUGAUCUCAUGAGAUUUGACUUAACUCUCAUGAGAUUUCAUAGAAAACUUCCUUAAACUGAAUAGGGAAAUGAGUGUGCACGAAUGCUUGCAACUUUUGCUGUCCCGGGACAGACAUACUGAUUUGCUGCUUAGAAGUACAAUGGGAUGUGGCUACUGAGGAACUUUUGAGGUAAAAUAACUUUCUUUUUUACAUAGAGAUGUUCAGGUGAUAUUUUCUAGUCCACUUUUUACAGCUAUGCUGCAUCACUUUCAAGUGUUUCAACAUUUGGGUAUCAUGGCCCUUUAACCAAUUAGUAAGGAUUAAGUACAUAAAGUAGAAAAUAAUUUGUACAAAUAAACAAAUAAAUUGCGCUAAUGUAAAAAAUCUGUUUAUUUUUGUUAUGUAAUCUUCAGUGAAAAAUAUUGCUGAUGGUAGCAUUUUACUGUUGUCACUUGGGAUGCUACAGCUAUAACGUUUAUUAGCUGCCCAAUUCUGAAUUGAAGAAUGGAAAAACACUGUUAGAUUAAUAUUCCAAUCUGCCAGAAAAGUUACAGAAAAAUAUUGCAUAGCAAUUAGAUUUAAAAAAAAGUUUAAUUCCCUUUCAAAAACUAGUUCCAAUGAGUAAGAGAAACCACCAAAUCAAUUAAAUUUUGCAAUAUCUCAGGCUUUUUAAGUUGUUUCUCAAGAUUUAUUUGCAGCCUUUUCUUUGACUAAUAAUAUUUGACUUGUACAAUUAAACUUACAUUUUACUGCUACCAUAAAAUAUUCUGAUAUUUAUUUUGUGUAUAAUUUUUUUUAUAUUUUAGAAUUGUGAUUUUAGUUUUUUUUUUUUUUUUGUAACAAAAUUUAAAAAUUUAAAAUAAAUGUACAUUAAGCAACAUGUACAAGAACUAAAUGCCACUUGAAACAAGCAAAAUCCGUUUUUCAUCAGAUUCAAGGUGUAGAAAGUGAAAAAAAUGUAUUUGACAAACACCUAUUAAAGUGUUUUGAGAGCUUGAAAUUGGGAUACUGAAUUAUCCCCAUACAAGUUAUAGCUUAUUUUUGUGGGUCAAAUGCUUUUGAAAAGUAUGUGAUUAAUUGUGUGGUAUUCAAAUGUUUUGGAAUGGGCUUGAAUUUGAAAAUCUAUGUGAUGCACUUUGCAAGUAAACUUGUAUUGACUGGAAGGGCCUACAUUGUUUGCCAGUAUUUAAUUUUCAUGUCAUACGCUCAGAUGCUCAUUGGCUGUGUAAAUAUUGCAGCACUGCUGCUUUUGGUAUGUUACUUGUAUAAUGCUGGAGUUGGUAAAAUAUGAUAUUUAUUUACUUAUAAUUGCUCAUAUGUGAAACAAUAAAAUUUAACAUGUUAAGUGCUUAACAAA